ACUUGAAGGUCCUGCAGAGCAAAAACCUGCCUCUGAACUCAAAGCUAGAUCUAGAUACGGAGACAUCUCAGUUUUGGAGACAGGGCGAGAGAAAAAGACGCGACCUGUUGGAAUUUACUCCUCGCAGCAUUUAUUGUCAUUUAAUGAAAGGACUUCUUUGCAACGAUUCAAAUCUGCACAUAACUUUAAACGAGUUUUGCACUGGAUUUGAUCUUUUUUUAGGUAGAUUUUAGAUUUAUAUGCGUGUGCGUAAUUUAGCGGACAGUUUUGUGGGAGUUGAAAGACCUGUUUUGUUUUUGGUUUUUUUUAGCUCAUGGUGGAUUUUUAAAGGAUUGACUUGAUUCAUUUUAAAGAUUUUUACUCUCAAUUUAUCUUUGCACUUUUUGGAUUUCAGUCAUAUGAUGUCGUUUUUACACAUUUCCAUUGGUUUAAUUACCGCUCUGUGCGUCGGCGCGGCGCACGGCGCUUGGGAGGAGGGUACCGUCGUGCCGGUCAGGUUAGACCCGACAGCCCAGUCGGGGAGCGAAACCGAACCGUGGCGGACUCUUUCCGCAGAGGAGAGUGAGAAGGAGGCGGAAAUGAGGCUGUACCGGUUGGACGUAUUUGGCAUGCAGUUGGUUUUGCGUCUAGAGCCUGACCAGACCUUCUUGGCGCCAGGUUUUGUCUUCCACAUUGUGGGGGCUCCCGAGUCCGAACCGACACCGAAACCCAAUAGCGGAGCCGAGCCGGGCUGUUUCUACUCGGGCACGGUGAAUGGCGAUGUGCGCUACGCCGCUGCGCUCAACCUGUGCCAUGGACUCAGGGGGGGAUUCCACUUUAAGGGCGAAGAGUAUUUUAUUCAGCCCCUUAACUCGAGUGACUUCCUGAGCACUGAUGAGGAUGUGCACUCGAUUCGCCGGAGAGCCAGAGCAACUUUGGCUGAGGAGAGCAGCUCCAAGUGUGGGGUCAACGAGGACGAGGAGAGGGUGCCAAAGAAUCUGCAAAAGGCGGCCAGUCACGGAGCCUCUAACGCAGACCAGACAGCCCACCACAGGACCAGGCGUUUUGUUUCCACCCCUCGUUUCCUGGAGAUCAUGCUGGUGGCUGACCAGUCAAUGGCUGAGUUUCACGGUGCAGGGCUCAAACCUUACCUUUUGACCAUCAUGGCAGUGGCAUCCCGACUUUACCGCCACCCAAGCAUCCACAACUCAAUCAGCCUGGCAGUGGUAAAGCUGCUGGUGGUGUACGAGGAGGAGCGAGGCCCUCAGGUGUCAUCAAAUGCUGCCAUGACCCUCCGCAACUUCUGCCAGUGGCAGCGGCAGCACAACCCUUCAAGCGACCGCCACCCAGAGCACUACGACACGGCUGUGCUCUUCACCAGGACGGACCUGUGUGGUGCCCACUCCUGUGAUACUUUGGGCAUGGCAGAUGUUGGCACUGUGUGCGACCCUGACAGAAGCUGCUCAGUUAUUGAGGAUGAUGGACUGCAAGCAGCAUUUACAGUGGCACAUGAACUCGGCCACGUGUUUAACAUGCCUCAUGAUGAUGCCCAGCUGUGUUCUGGCAUCAAUGGUGCACACUGGGGCUCCCACAUGAUGGCCUCCACCCUGUCUAACCUGGACCAGCAGCAGCCUUGGUCUCCUUGCUCUGCCUUCAUGGUCACCACCUUCUUGGACAAUGGCCAUGGUCAGUGCCUACUAGAUAAACCCGUUAAACCUCAGCCGCUGCCCCAGCCCCUGCCUGGAGCAGUCUAUGAUGCUGACCAUCAGUGUCGCCUGACCUUUGGUGAAGACUCCCAGCACUGCACUGACCUGAGCACCACUUGCGCAGCUCUGUGGUGCACCGUGACUACAUCCAAUGGUUUGCUAGUGUGCCAGACCAAGAACUUCCCCUGGGCUGAUGGGACGCCCUGUGGGCAUGACAGCUACUGCUUGGCUGGGCAGUGUCUCACUAAGAGCCAGGCUGCCAAACACCAGACUCCUGUUAAUGGCGGCUGGGGUCCGUGGGGUCCCUGGGGUGACUGCUCUCGGACCUGCGGUGGAGGAGUGCAGUAUUCCUACCGUUCCUGUGAUAACCCUCUGCCUAAGAAUGGAGGAAAGUAUUGUGAGGGAAAGAGGAUCCAGUACCGAUCCUGCAACACAGAAGCCUGCCCAGAUACCAAUGGCCUGUCCUUCCGUGAGGAACAGUGUUUGGCCUACAAUGACAUGUCAGCUCAAGUGUCACUGGGUUCAGGCGAGGGCGUCGAGUGGGUGCCCAAGUAUGCCGGAGUUUCACCCAAAGACCGCUGCAAGCUGGUGUGCAGGGCCAAAGGGACCGGAUACUUCUUUGUCCUCAAGUCUAAGGUGGCUGACGGCACACCCUGCAGCCCAGACUCCACCUCAGUUUGUGUCCAGGGCCAGUGUGUCAAGGCCGGAUGUGAUCGCAUCAUCGGCUCUAACCGGCGUUUCGAUAAGUGUGGCGUGUGUGGCGGAGAUGGCUCGACCUGCAAGAAAGUGUCAGGCUCUAUGGAGCGUGCCAGGCCUGGUUACCAGGAUGUUGUAACUAUCCCUAUUGGUGCCACACACCUGGACAUCAAGCAGCGUGCUCCAGGCAAUAGCCGCCUUGAUAACAGCUACUUGGCAGUGCGGCGCCAGGAUGGAACUUAUCUACUUAAUGGUGAUUACAAACUGAUGACCAUGGAGACUGACAUUCCCCUCCGAGGGGCACUGUUGCGCUACAGUGGCUCCUCCGCCACCUUGGAGCGUAUCAGAAGCUUCGCCCCGCUCCCCGAGGCCCUUACCAUCCAGGUGCUUUCCGUAGGGGAUUCCCCGAGGCCCAGAGUUAAGUACAGCUACUUUGCCCCUCGGCCUAACCACGCUGCUUCGUCCUCCAACAACAACGGAGGCCGUCGGCAGCCUAUCAAUGCCAUCCGAGAGGUGGGUGGGGCUGAGUGGACUCUGAGGGAGUGGGGUCCCUGUUCCCAAACCUGUGGAGGAGGCAUGCAACAGAGAGAGGUUGUGUGUCUGGACCCCCAGGGACGUCCCUCCGGAGACUGCCCAGAGGAGCUUCGCCCCUUAGCCUCGCGGUCCUGCUCCCCCCAGUCCUGCCCCUCCUGGCUUCUGGGAGAAUGGUCAUUAUGCUCCAAGACCUGCGGAAGAGGUUUUCGCAAACGUCAGCUGCGGUGCAUCGACCACGACGGGCGCACGCUAACCAACGACAGCUGUGACCCCAAAGACCAGCCACGACCCCUGCUGGAACUAUGCAAUCAGAGGGCCUGCUAAGGACUGCAUCUGCAAUCUAACCUUCUGUUAUACCAGCACUCAGAAAGACAUGAGAUAAAAACUCUGAUCUUUAUUGCCUUCAAAGGCCAACGAAUGUUUACAUCCAGAGUAAGAGUGCUACAGAACUCCAUGGGUUUCAGUGUGUCCACGGUGAUUGUCACUGUAACUAUCGAUAUUUAGCCAUUCCCUCCAACAAUUUGGGGGUCAAAUGUUGAACAGUUAGUUGCAGCAACAAUGACUGAACAUAGCUUGCUGCCUGAGGGGAAGAACGCAUGGACAAUUCCUGAUUUCCCUAAAAGAGGAUGCUGCUUAUCAUGCCAAUGUCAUGCCUUUGGGUGUUUUUGUGCGAAUGUCAGACUGCGUGUGUGUGUGUCUUUAAUGCAUGUGUAUAAUGUUUGUCCGAGCUGGGCUGGACAGAUAAACAAUGGUUGGGAUUGGGGAGGUUAAUUACAGAGUAUAUAAAGAGACAAUUCAAAAGAAUAGCACAUAAUCUAAGUGCUCAGCCCAUCAGGUAUGGAAAAUAAGAUAGCUCAUAGUCAUAAUGUUUAUGUCCAAACUUCAGUCUGCAUUUAUUUAUCACAAACCUGAAGCACUUCAUCUUUUUAUUAUUAUUUUUAUUUUUUUUAGCCAGCGGCACAUGUAACACCCAGUUUCUCUGAAUGCCUCAGUACAGUGUCUUUUAGCCAUAUCCUGCCCUCUCUACACAGCCUUCAAUGAGGGAAUUCCUCAAAGACCAAAGAGGAGUGUGUGAGUGUGUGUGUGUGUGUGUGUGUGUGUGUGUGUGUGUGUGUGUGUGUGUGUGUGUGUGUGUGUGUGUGUGUGUGUGUGUGUGUGUGUGUGUGUGUGGAGACCUAAAGAGGGACUUGUCUCCUACUACUACUUCAUAAGUAAGUCUCUCCUGCCUUCUGUGAAGACACCAUAGUUUUUUCUUUUUCUUCCUAUUGUAUAGAAUAUCCAAACUUUAUUUAUUUUUGUACAGCCUGUUAAAUAUAAUCAUGUGGCUUUUUUAAUAUUUUUAUUUGUUAUUGAGGUCAAAGAAGGAAGUAGAAUAUAUAGAGUAUUUAUACAGUGUUUUAUAUAUAUAUAUAAAUGGUCCUAGGUUCAUGAAUAAAGUAUCACGUUGACUUGUGCA